UUCUAGGGUUCCCUUGCCUCCAAAAUCUCCUAAAAGUCUUCAGUUCUCUGCAGCAGAGUAAGAAUCAAGAGGGAAGAUGAAGACUAUUUUGUCAUCGGAGACCAUGGACAUCCCGGAGGGUCUGGAGAUCAAAAUCAAGGCCAAGGUUAUCGAGGUUAAAGGGCCAAGAGGAACCCUCACUCGCAAUUUCAAGCAUCUUAACCUUGAUUUCCAGCUUAUCACCGAUGAAGAAUCCGGAAAACAGAAGCUGAAGGUUGAUGCUUGGUUUGGAUCUCGGAAGACCACCGCAUCCAUCCGUACUGCCCUCAGUCACGUCAAUAAUCUUAUCAUCGGCGUCACUCAAGGGUUCCGGUACAAGAUGCGAUUUGUUUAUGCUCAUUUUCCUAUCAACGCUAGCAUCACUAACAGCAACACCGCUAUUGAGAUCCGUAACUUUUUAGGGGAAAAGAAGGUGAGGAAAGUCGACAUGCUUGAUGGGGUGACUGUAGUUAGAUCCGAGAAAGUUAAGGACGAACUUAUACUCGAUGGAAAUGACAUUGAGCUUGUUUCUCGAUCUUGUGCUUUGAUAAACCAGAAAUGUCAUGUGAAGAACAAAGAUAUCCGUAAGUUUCUUGAUGGUAUUUAUGUGAGUGACAAGGCGAAAAUACAAGAGGAAGAAUGAGAGUUUUGUUAAGCAUUUUCUUGUUUACUUUUAAGGAUGUUUUUAGGAUUGUUUUUAUUGAACUUUUUUUUUUUUGAGUUGAGUUGCAAGUUUUGUUUUCAACUUGUUCUUAUUCAUGUUAUAUUUUUAGUUCUUGCUUGCUUUUUAUAAUGUUUGCGAAAUUCUUGAAAGGAAAUAUCAAGUUAAUUAGUUGACUUUGUUGCA